CAUACACAAUAUAUGAUCUCAACUUGACGUGCUCCCGAGGUCGAGCGGAACAACCUCUGUUAUUAGACUUUUGCUGCAGCAGUCUCAACAUGUUUUCAAAGACCGCAACUUCAUCCAAACCGAAACGUCAUCGAUCAUCAUGAGGGGUUCACAAAAGCCCAUCGUACUGGGCACCAAAGAUAUCGCCAACACUGCGUCAGAGAGCUUCCCAGAUCCAAGCACCGGCGGCGAUGUAUCAUGGAAGACUCUCAUCUCCGCGCCCAAAACAUCCACCGACACAUUCACUGUCGGCAUUGCUACAUGUGCACCAGGCACAUCAUCCGGAUGCCGAGGGCAUCUGAAGCUACAUCUCCAUAAGCAAGCGGAGAUCUAUCACGUCACUCAAGGCAAAGGUAUUGUCACUAUUGAUGGAAAAGAGCAUGAAGUAAGCAAGGGCAGCGUGGUAUGGAUACCUGGGGAUGCGGAGCAUGGGAUUGAGAAUGUGGGGGAAGAGGAUUUGGUGUGGUUGUAUGCUUUUGCUGCGGAUGGGUUCGCGGAUAUUGUGUAUCGGUUUGAAGAGUCUGGGCCUGGGAAAGAGAAGGCUAAGCUGUAGGGUUGGUGAGAGUGAGGAUCAUUGCUUCGCAGAUCAAAGUCAAUAAUGUUGUGUCCUGAAUCGAACGGCUUGUGGUCAGGAACGUUGGUUUUCAGUGUCUUGAAUCACCGCUGUAGUGGCCUCAUACGUAGCAGUGGUGUUACACAAGUCCCCAGUUUCCAUUUUGUGGGAGACUAGCGUGGCUCAGAGACAGUUGAGAUCUGUGUCACUGCGGGGAAUAGUUUGCAAAUGACAAGCCACGUUGUGUGAAAAAGGCUUGAUACUACUUCUCGCCGGUGUGCAAUGCAGAGGGUCGGCUAUGAAGAGUACGGGUACGGAAACGACUGUGUGAGGAAUUACGGACCUUGCGGAGGUUGGUGUGACAAUAAGAGACAAAAGUGUUGAGGAGCAAAUGGG